AUGGAUUGUCAGCCAGCUAUCACAACAGUCUCCCUUGGGUCGUGCAAGUUUCACAGCAUCACCGUCAAAAUUGACGAAGCCGCACGAAAUGGAUUCAAGGCGAUCGAACUCUUCAUCGAUGACCUUGAGUCCCUCGCCAGAGAUAUCAGCCCUGCACCUGCCACCCAUGCCCCUUCUCGUGACUCUGUAUUAGCUGCUGCCCAUCAGAUUCGCCAGCAGUGUGACAGGUUAAACAUUGUCAUUCUCAACCUCCAGCCUCUGCGCUUCUACGAGGGCCUGGUUGAUCGCAAAAAGCGCAACCAAAUCCUAGACGAGGUGCUUCCCAUAUGGAUGGACGCACUCAAGAUCCUCGGUGCAGACACUAUUCUGGUGCCCUCAAACUUCCUCCCCGAAGACCCUGGGACUGGGCUUCCUCAGACAGUUGGCGACUUUGACAUUAUCGUCGAAGAUCUCCGUGAACUGGCGGCACGAGGCGCCCAACAUGAACACUCCAUAAAAUUUGCCUACGAGGCACUUGCUUGGGGCACGCAUGUCAACACGUGGGAAAAGUCCUGGGAAAUCGUACAGGCAGUCAAUCGCCCAAAUCUAGGCCUCGCUCUGGAUACGUUCAACAUUGCCGGCGCCAUCUACGCCGAUCCAACUACAGAGGACGGUCGCGUUGCGGACACGGCCGAGGCCGAUCUGUCAGCCUCACUGGGCCGCAUGGCUUCUACUUUGGAUGUCAGCAAGCUGUUUAUCGUCCAGGUAGCCGACGGGGAGCGUCUCAGCCAGCCACUCCACACGGGCCACCCUUUCUAUGUUGCCGGCCAGCCCAGUCGACUGAGCUGGUCCCGAAACUGUCGGCUUUUCCUUUGUGAGCCCGAGCGUGGUGGCUUCUUGCCUGUCCUCAGCAUACUAAAGGCCAUCCUCGAUCUCGGAUGGACGGGAUACCUUGCGUAUGAGGUCUUCUCGCGUUCAUUGGCUGACAGUGAUCACCGGACACCGGCGCUACAUGCAGAGAGGGGAAAGCGAUCCUGGGAGCGGCUAUGCAAUAUCGCGGACACCCAACUAAAUCAGGCUAAAUCCCCAAGACCCAUCAGCUUUAAAUUACCUGGAAUGGAAUUGCUAGAGACCGUUGUGCAUGAGGUAGAGAGAGUGGAGGCAUUGUGA